CCCAAGUGAAUGAAAAUACAAUUUUCUUCUGCUCUUCUUCGUACAUUUUUUCUUUAUAUCUAGUUAUAUUCUUUUAGAUAUUAUUCUUCGUUUAUAACAUCUUGACAGUGAGGAGUACUAGAAAAAAAUAAAAUACUGAAUUUGAAGAGAGAAAUUCCAAUGGAUACCCUUCAGACUGUUCUGCUGCUUAUAGCAAUGGUGGCGACAAUGGUGGAUUCACAUGAUUAUGGGGAUGCUCUGACAAAGAGUAUUUUGUUUUUUGAAGGCCAGAGGUCAGGGAAGCUACCCCCUACUCAGAGAAUCACUUGGAGGAAGGAUUCUGCACUUCGCGAUGGCUUUGAGAUUGGUGUUGAUUUGGUAGGCGGGUACUACGACGCCGGCGACAAUGUAAAGUUCAAUUUUCCGAUGGCAUUCUCCACAACAAUGCUGGCAUGGAGUGUACUAGAGUUUGGCAAGUCCAUGAACUCGGACCUACCACAUGCCCUUGAGGCUAUACGAUGGGCCACCGACUACUUCCUCAAGGCCACAAGCAUUCCAGGCUUUGUGUAUGCCCAAGUGGGCGAUCCAUAUGGUGAUCACAAAUGCUGGGAGAGGCCUGAAGACAUGGACACCCCAAGAACACCUUAUGCAGUCAGCAAACAGUUCCCUGGCUCUGAAGUUUCAGCCGAGAUAGCCGCGGCUCUAGCUGCCUCUUCCAUGGCUUUUAGGCCUAUUGAUCUUGGUUACUCUGCCAGGCUUCUCAAAAGGGCCAGAAUGGUUUUUGAUUUUGCAGAUCAGUACCGGGGUUCUUAUAAUGAUAGUCUUGGACCGUGGGUUUGUCCAUUUUACUGUGACUAUAGUGGCUAUGAGGAUGAAUUGGUGUGGGGAGCUGCUUGGUUAUUCAAGGCAACAAAGGCUCAAAUGUACUGGAAUUAUGUGAGGGAAAACAUACACAAUUUGGAAAAUGCUUCCCUUAAUAGCAUAGAGGGUGGUAGCUUUACCGAAUUUGGAUGGGAUUCAAAGCACGCAGGCAUUAAUGUACUUGUUUCCAAUUUGGUCGCGCUUAACGCCUCGGAUUCUACCCCCUUCAUCUCUAACGCGGACAAUUUGGUGUGUUCUGUUUUGCCCGAAUCACCAACGCCCAAAUCAGUUUCUUACUCUCCAGGUGGGCUUAUAUUUAGACCUGGAGGAAGCAACCUACAACAUGCAACAUCCUUGUCAUUUCUUCUACUUGUUUACAGUCGCUAUUUGAGUAAAGCCAAUAGAGUAAUUCAUUGUGACAAUAUGGUUGCUGGUCCGGCUAGACUUGUUCAAGUAGCACGACGCCAGGUGGAUUACAUACUGGGAAGCAAUCCAUUGAAUAUGUCAUAUAUGGCGGGAUAUGGGCCAAAGUUUCCUCAAAGAAUUCAUCACCGUGGCUCAUCCUUACCGUCCAUUGAUCAGUAUCGGGGACAAAUAGAUUGCAAUGGUGGGACCCAAUACUUUAAUAGCAACAAUCCUAACCCAAAUUUGCUAACAGGGGCUGUUGUUGGAGGACCUGAUAUCAAGGACUCUUACUCUGAUUCUCGCUCUGAUUUUGUACACUCCGAGCCUACCACAUACAUUAAUGCACCUUUAGUUGGGGCUCUGGCUUACUUCAAAUCCCAUCCAUCCUAGCUAAUAGUUUUUCCUUUCUCACUCAAGAUUGAUUCUACUUUUAUUACUAAUUGAUGUAGAGAAAUAAAAGAAGUAAUAAAGAAGAAAGAAAUGUACAAAUAUAUAUAGACAUUGGAAAAAAAAAAGUUGUUUUACAUGCCCCAAAUUUAUUUAUCUAAUUUUGAAUACAAAGUGAUGUAACAUACUGUUUGUUAAUUAAAUAGUA